AUGGCGUUGCAUAAUUACAUCUACUACAAACAUGCGGACUCCAUGGCUAACGUUAUAGCUCGUCCCUCGGACCCAAGACCCAGCAUUACACCUCAAAGGUCUUCGGGUCCACCGUCAAGAUAUGCUGAUUCUACUAGAAAACCCCCAGUGAGCGGGUCAUCACUAGCAGGUUCGAAAAAGCCACAGGACGAUGAAACUGAAAGAAUACGAUCGGCAAAUUAA